CCCAGGCCCCCUGCUUGGGAGCUGUAGGACCUGAGCCCACUCGCUUCUCUGCUUUUUGCCCAUCUGUAAGACGGGAGUAAGAAGCAGCUCCCCCCAGUAGCCCUGACACACUGGAUGUCAGUGUCAUCGUUGUAGAGGAAAGAGAAUGGGCCCAGGGAGGCUGGGUUCCUGCUCCGGCAUCCUGGCCGGAUAGAGCAGGUAUUUAAACCCAGUCGGAAUUUGACUGGUAACCACAAGCCCAUUCCGAGGCUCUUGAGGAGACCAGGGAGCCGGUGCUUGCCUUCACGAGGUGGAGCAGGUGGCCUGGCAGGAAGCCCUCCCCGGGGAGUCUGCAGAGAUCGUCCCAGCUGUUCUGGGCUCUCAUGGGGUGGCUGGGCCCAGGGGCCUGGGGCCCCUCCCAGCAGCCAGUAAAAGGUCCAGCCCUCAGGAUUCUGGCUCAUAGCUCUAUGCCAGGCAGGGGAAGCAGUGGGCACAUGGGGGCACCUCACCGGGGACACCGGGCUGAGGAGACCUAGUGGGAACAGAGGGGCCGUGGGAGUGUGGUCCUAGGGUGCAGCCUGGGAUGUGGGUGGAAGGGCAUGGACAGGCACGUGUCCGUGCUGGGGGGCAUCUGCUCAAAGCCCUGCUGUGGCUAGAGGUGGCCUCUGCAUGUGCCAUGGUCUUGGGAGCCCUGCAGCAGGCCGACUCCCCACCAUAGUCUCUGUCUAGGCCCUCAACCCGUCAGGCAGCCCCACCUGAUAGGCCGCCCUCCUUAGCCAGAGGUGCCAGGAGGGGCUGGCUGGGCAGGGGCCAGACCCUCAGACAGACAGGGUGUGGAGCAUUUUGGACAAGGGCCCAGAGGGGCUGAGUCACUGCUGUCCCCAGCCAGCUCAGAGGUGGGGGGUUCACUCCUGGCACUUCCAGGCCUGCCUCUUCUGUCUUCUCGUAGUUGGCUCCCCACCAAGCCCCCCACCUGGCCCAGGCUCCAGGCUCUUCUGCCACCCUAGAAACAGAGUGCUUCCUAUCUCCACUGCCCCCUAGGCAGUGCCCCUCCCUCCAGUCCCCCAGCCUUGGAGUCACUGCUGCUAGAGCUGAGCAGGAGACCAAGGUGACACCGAGAGUGUCUCCUGUGGCAGGUGGACUCCCACCAAGCCUUCAGGCAACGGCAGUGGUCCCUUGACAGGCUCCUUCUGUGUCACCGCUUCUUAUGGAAGGGGGUGGGGGCAGCUCCUGCUUUGGUCCCGGAGUCUCCGGGCUUAGACGAGCUAAUUGCCUGGCUCUUCCUGGACAGCCUCAUUGUCAGACCCAGUGUCCUGCACUGCUGCUUCUCCACGUGCCUCUGGGACACUGUGGCCUCUGCCCCCCACUCUCCGUGCAACACAGUAACUCCUUCGGGCUCUGCUGCCAGCCCCCCCCCCCCAUUUCUGGGCCUGGCUUUCCCUCCUCUCUCCAGCUGUGUUUGGGCUGGGCCUGGGGUGCCUGCCUGCCCUUUGCCAGCUGCGGGGAGGGAAUCUGAGCCCCCAAGGCCUGGCGCCAGGGCCCCAAUCCUGACAGGGGCGGAGUGAGCCUCGGGGGCCAGGUGGGGGCCUGUCCCGGCUGUCAGCACUCAUGAUGGAUGAGGGGUGGGGCAGGGAGAAGGCCGGGCUCUGGAGUCCUGCCAUGGAAAGAGGUGGGGGGCUGGCCCCCUGGGGUCUGCCAACAGAGCCUCUGCCCCUCGAAGCUGGGGGGCCUGGGUGAGAGACCCCACCCAGGAGAGGUGCUUAAAGGCCCAAAGGGAGAGUGCCCUCCCACUCCACUCGGCAUAAUGCGCACCUGGGCCUUCCCCGCAGCCCUUCUCCUGCUCUGCCUGGCUUCAGAAAGCCUACAAGGCGGACUACCUCCCUUGUCUCCGGGCCCAGGGAAAGGCUUCAGGAUCCCCAAAGGCUACAGAUCAGGCUACGGCUUCCCCAGUGGCCUGGGAGCAGGAUUUGGGAACGGGAAUGGGCUGGGAGCCCAGCCAGGCACUGGAGGGGGUGUGAAGCCCCAGAAGCCAGGGUUUGGAAACGGGCUGGCAAUGGGGACCUUCCCAGGCGCUGUCGCCCAGCCAGGUUAUGGAGGGGGUGUGAGACCCCAGAAGCCAGUAUAUGGAAAUGGACUGGGAGCCCGUUCCUUCCCAGGGCUGGGAGCCCAGCCAGGCCCUGUGGCUCAGAAUGGUGGCCAGGCACCAGGAGUUGGAGGGGGCAUGAAACCUCAAAAGCCAGGACUCGGCAAUGGGAAUGGGAUGGGACUCGGAGCCCAGCCAGGCUUUGGAGGGGGCGGAAAACCCCAGAAGCCAGGAUUCGGGAAUGGGAACGGGCUGGGAGGUGGCGCCUUCCCGGGAGUAGGAGCCCAACCAGCAGGUCCUGCAACUCAAAAUGGCUACAGACCAGGCUUUGGAGGGGGUAUGAAGACCCAGAAACCAGGGCUCAGGAACAGCAACGGCUUGGGAGUCCAGUCAGGCCUAGUGACCCAGAAUGGAUACGGAGCAGGCUUUGGGGGGGCCAUGAAGCCCCAGAAACCAGGAUUUGGGAAUGGCGACGGGCUGGGAGGCCAGCCAGGCCCUGCGGUUCCCGUGGGCUACGGACCAGGCAUCGGUGAGGGCGGGAAGCUGCAGAAGCCAGUUUACAGGAAUGGGCUGGGAGCCGGAGUCUUCCCAGGCCAAGGGGCCCAGCCAGCCCUGGGAAGGGGCAUGAGCCCUCUAAAGCCAGGCUUUACUCCCGGACUGCAGCUCCCAGCAGGAUAUGGCAACGGAAAUGGGGUGGGGGCCCAACCAGGUCCCUGCCAUGGGAGGGUCCCUCCACUGCUUCUCCCCAGGCCUCCCACUUCGGGGGUCCCUUCUGCUAAAGGGGGCGGCGGCUGGGGCCCCAAAUCCCAGCCCUCUCCCCCAGAGCAGAAUGGCAAGUUCCCAGCACCGACUCCUGCCAUCCAGUGGGGGCUGAAACCUCAGAAAGCAGGAUACCAGCCCCUGAAUGGCUAUGGACUGGGAACAGAACUGGGCUUUGGUGGUGGCCUCAAGCCUCAGAAAGUUGGUUUUGCUUAUGGGAAUGGUCUGGGAGCUGGGGUCUUCCCUGAGGCCCACCUGCAGCCAGAGUUUCCCGGGACCAGUGGCUUUAGGAAUGGGGAUGGGGAGGAAGCACCAGUGUACCCCAAAGCAGCAGUUCCAGGCUCUGAAGGAAAUGGUCAGGCCAAGGCCCUAAGGGGCUCUUCUUGGCCCUUCAUGCAGCCUUGGGGGCUUGCCUUGAAGCCUGGAUAUGGGCCUGGAGGCACAUACCCAGGGGUCGGAAGCCAGCCAGCGACAUAUGGACAGCUAAGGCCAGAGCUGGGCCCUGGACCGUUUGGCAGCCCUCCAGUGAAGAGAGACAGCAGUGGCCCACUGGGAAAUGGCUAUGGAGGCCACUGUCCUCUUGGGAAAUGCUGAACACCGAGGCCCUUUCACUGCCCACCCUGACAGCCUCUCUACCACAGCCGUGUUUUGGGCGAGGAGGGCCAGAUCCUGGGGCUUGGCUUCUGGCCGGGGGUCUCCUGCGGGCUAAGAGUAUUAAUAAAGGUGGCAUGCUACCC